GAGGUUGCUCCAUCUCCACCAUAAUGCCCUGGGAAAGGAGCCUCCCCUCUGCGUGCUCCUGCUCGUGCAACGACGUGGCCCUACUGUUUUGCGUCAGGAGAUGAGAGCACGUGUGGCUGCUCCGUGCUCCUCCGACCAUGCCCUGCUCAUGCCGACGCCAUGGAGCCUGUCAAGGUAAGAGCACAAAGGGACCAGCGGCGGAGGCCUACUACAAUUGCAACGUUCACUUUCUGAAUUUGCUAUUCUUGGAAUUUGAAUUGGGCUACUCCAUGGAGAAACCGAAUUCGCCAGUAUUCUGGGAAGCUCAGUUUGGUGAUUUCUCCAAUGGUGCACAAGUGAUAUUCGACCAGUUUCUGAGUAGUGUAGCAGCCAAAUGGCUCCGCCAAACUGGCCUUGUUGGUCUACUGUCUCAUCGUUAUGAUGGCAAGGUCCUGAACACUCCAUCUCCCGUCUUGAGCGCUUCCUUCAGUCUGGUUCCAUCGAGAUCGAUGAUGAAGAUGUCAGUGCCCAUGGAAGUGGCAAGCAGAUCACCAGGCAGAAGUUGAGGCGAUCAUCAGUUACCAGUAGUCGUCAUGAAGAAGCCAAGGCCAUGCAGCUGUUGGUGAUGGGACCUGUCAGGAUGCCCACCAAGGUGCUCAACAUCAGCACCAGGAAGUCCCCCCUGUGGCGCAAGAAGCCCGUGAACUCGUCUGUGUGGGCCUCCUGGGGUGCGAUGGCGGCGGUGGCGGUAUACAGCCUUGUCUACAACUGUGCGG